AUGAGGCCGAGGAGGUCGAAUCGCACCAAAAGCUAUGCUGUGGAAGAGUAUCACUUUGGAGAUAGCUCUGACGAACAGGCGGUCAGCGCCGGACGCCUCAACGCAACUGAAGAGGGGGACACCAACUUUGAAGAUGAGGCGGCUGAGGACGACGCAGAGGAACAUGGAGACGAUGACAACUCAGCAGAGGAGGACGAGACAAGCAUAAGCGAAUCAGACGGUGGUGAGGCGGUCACCAAACCCGCACGACGUCGCGCAGCAAAGUCGGCGGGAAAGUUGCCUCAGCCUCCACCGCCCAAGACGGCCGGGAAGACGACCAAGCUCGCUGGGGGCUACCUGGAAAUCCCCCUGGCCAGCCAGGACGGCAGCCACCAGCCCAAGGCGUACAUUGGCCCCAACGAUCGCGCCGUGCGCCGUCGCCAUCUCGUCUCCGCGUGGUACGGGCCAGACGAGGAGCGCAUGGAGACGACGCAGACCCUUCUGGAGCGCUGGUUCCAGUGGCCGGUGCUGCCGCCCAGGAUUCCCCAGGAGGACGAGGCGGGUGUGCCGUCUAGGGGUGCCUGGUUGGAGGACUACGCGGGUAGGGAGGGCAAGCUGGCCGCCGCCUGGAGAGCCAAAGUCCAGCAGGCGAUGGCUGGCCGCCCGCCGCUGCGAGGCCUCUCCCCAGCAGAGGCCGCACCGUACAGGCUCCCGACGCACAGUAUGCCGGUCCUCGUCGGCCCAGAUGCCAAGGAGGAAGUUGUGUUUGUCCCAGGCGGUGGAUACGCAACAUCGCACGCAGGCAUCCCGUUUGACUACGAUACGAGCAACGAGAACCUGCCAAGCGGCUGGAUGUUGGACACGGGGGGUAUCGUGACGAGCAUGGACUGGGCACCACGCACUCGCGAACAAACGAGGCAACUUCUUGCGAUGGCGGUCAUGCCUCACGCCGAUCAAGAGGUACACGAGGUUUCCGAGCAUCAUGACGAUGACCACGUCAGGAUGCAGUCUUCGUCCUACGGCACCGUACAGCUGUGGGAGAUCCAGGGUGACGCUUCGGGCGCUGGUUCGGCGAUGGCAACAUCCCUGCCUCCCAAACUCGCGAGGACUUUGUGUUUCCCUCACGGUAGGGCGAGGCGGGUACGGUGGAAUCCAGUCGGUGGCUAUCUCGCCGUGCUGUGCGCAGACGGUGCCGUGUACGUUUUUGAGGCCGAUUGUGAGGCAACAGAAGAAUAUGAGGAGCUCCUCAAUCCUGUCUCCGUCUUACAACUACGAGAUGAGGCUAGUAUCGACGCCACGGCCAUGAGCUGGGCAAACAUGAACCGGCUCGUGGUGGGCUAUUCGGACGGCUCCGUCGCACUAUGGUCCAUCCUCCCCUGCCACUUGCUUUCUCGUCACGCCGUCCAUCACAGCCACGUCGUAGAGCUCGCCACCGGGUACCCCAGCAUGCCGUACGUCGUGGCCGCGACGCCGCUGGGCGGCACCGUUCGCGUUCUGGACCUAGAGGCGGGCCCCAGCCACGAGUUCACAGAGGUGCAGGCCAUCAACGUGGCCACCCAGCCGGGCCUGCUCGCCUGGAGCGACCAGAUGCUGGGCUUCUUCUCGCUGUACCCGUCCGCGCGCGUCAACAACACGGUCAUCGGUUUCAUGCACCACGCCAACCUCCCGCUGUUUCGUACGACCUUUACUGGCGACAGUUUUCCCUCCUGCAUCGCCACGGGCAAGACGCACCCGUUCCUGCUGAUCGGACUCAUGGACGGCUCGGUCUGGUGCCUGAACCCGCAGGUCGAGCACUUCAUCGGCCGCAGCGACGCGACGUACCGCGUGCGCCUGUUCCAGCACGAGCACCGCCCGCGGCGGCUGUUCGCGAGGGACUCACCCGCGGGGAGGAGGGGGGCGUCGCGCGUGGUGCAGGGGUUCGAGGUGGAGAGGAACAGGCACGCAAAGUACGAGAAGCCGCCUGCGGCGAAGAAGGGGAAGGCGGGCAAGACGAAGAAGGCGGCGACGAACGUAGAUGAGGAUGAAGAUGAGGUGCUCAAGGCGAGCGACGCGUCGAGGGCGGCGAUACACGAGCCGCUGACGAGGAUCACGACGAUGGAGUGGAAUCCGAAUGAAGGUUUCGGCUGCUGGGCGGCGGCAGCGAUGGGCUCUGGUCUUGUUCGGAUUAUGGACCUUGCUAUCGAAGAUGAUGACGAGUAA